AUGGAGCACGCGCCGCGGCCCCUGCCGACUCUCCAGAACACAGUGCUUCUCUGCGGCUGGUCGGCGGUGCAGUUUCGCGCGCUGCCUGCCAGAUCCCGUAACCGUCGGCGGGUGCUCCACGGAAAGCCUAGGUCAGUGUCAGAAAUAAACAAUGGAGUAUUGGCUCUCUUAGAAUUCGAGAUUAUUUGCAAUUCUAGCCUGGUUGCCUGUCUGUAUACUUUUAAACAGAAAAUUGAUGAAAAAAACCUGAGUGACAUUAAGGUAAUUGCACCUGCAUACAGAAAGACAUUCAUCAAGGCGUUUAUUGAUCAACUCUUCACUGAUGUUUACAGCUUUGAGUUUGAAGAUUUACAAAUGACAUUGCAGGGAGACCUCUCAAAACAAUCCACUGAAACAGACAUGACUACAGUGCAGGAAUUAGAAGAAAUCAAGAAUGAAAUAGAAACAUAUUUGAGAAGUCUGCCCCCACUGAAAGGAGAAUUAACCAUUAUCACAUCUCCAUUGAUUCCAGGUAUUUUCAUACACGGGUUUACUACAAGAACAGGAGGGAUAUCUUACCUACCAACUCUCAGCUCAUUAAAUCUCUUCAGUAGUUCCAAACGGAGAGAUCCUAAGGCCGUUGUUCAAGAAAAUCUCCGGAGGUUGGCAAAUGCUGCAGGAUUUAAUGCAGAGAAAUUUUACCGGAUAAAGACUGAUCAUGCCAAUGACGUCUGGAUUAUGGGAAGGAAGGAGCCCGAGUCUUACGAUGGAAUAACCACAAAUCAGAAAGGGGUCACAAUAGCGGCUCUUGGUGCUGACUGUAUUCCUAUAGUAUUUGCAGAUCCUGUCAAAAAAGCAUGUGGGGUUGCUCACGCUGGAUGGAAGGGCACGCUGUUAGGUGUUGCUAUGGUUACAGUGAAGGCUAUGAUAACAGAAUAUGGCUCCAGUUUGGAAGACAUUAUUGUUGUGCUGGGCCCUUCAGUGGGACCUUGCUGUUUUACACUUCCAAGGGAAUCAGCAAAGGCAUUUUAUAAUCUUGAUCCCAAAUGUGUACGACUGUUUGAAUCACCAAAUCCCUAUAUUGACAUCCGUACAGCCACCAGGGUUCUUCUAGAACGGGGAGGAAUUCUUCCACAGAAUAUUCAGGACCAGAACCAGGAUCUCCACCUCUGUACAUCCUGCCAUCCUCACAAGUUUUUCUCUCAUGUUCGAGAUGGUCUUGGCUUUGGUACACAGAUUGGCUUCAUAUCCAUUAGAGAAUGA